UAGGCAUAUAACAUUUUUGUCACCCACAUGCAUCCACAAUCUCUAAUACUCUUCCCUAUCAAUUCGCCAUUGCAGAGAUUUUCUUCACCUCAAAAGUUGGGGAAAUGGCAGACGUCUGGUUGGGAUCUCAUACUUUAAGAUCUCAUGGAGCAAAGGUGGCAAGAAUACACCUGCAUGAUUGGCUAAUUCUGAUACUUCUUGUGAUCAUUGAUGGCCUUUUGAACCUUAUUGAACCUUUUCACCGAUUUGUCGGGCAAGGGAUGAUGACAGAUUUAAGUUACCCAUUUAAACCCAACACUGUACCUGUGUGGGCCGUUCCAAUUCUUGCUGGAGUUUUGCCAGUUGCUAUCUUUUCUGUGUACUAUUAUUAUAGAAAGGAUGUCUAUGACUUGCAUCAUGCCAUACUGGGGCUACUGUUUUCUCUUCUUGCUACUGGAGUUAUAACGGAUGCUAUCAAAGAUGCUGUUGGCCGGCCACGGCCAAACUUCUUUUGGAGGUGUUUUCCUGAUGGAAAAGCGGCAUUUGAUCCGGUUACCUAUGAUGUUAUUUGUCAUGGAGAUGCCCACAUUAUAAAGGAAGGAUACAAAAGCUUUCCUAGUGGGCAUUCUUCAUGGUCCUUUGCAGGUCUCACUUUCCUUGCCUGGUACAUGUCAGGGAAACUCAGGGUGUUCGAUCGCAGGGGGCACGUAGCUAAACUCUGUAUUGUACUUAUUCCAGUGCUAAUUGCUAUUCUUGUCGGCAUUUCUCGUGUGGAUGAUUACUGGCACCAUUGGACUGAUGUCUUUGCUGGAGCACUUAUAGGAACAAUUGUAGCUGCAUUUUGUUAUUUACAAUUUUUCCCUUACCCAUAUGAGACUGAAGGUUGGGCACCUCAUGCUUUUUUCGAAAUGUUGGCAGAGAGGACUAGAGUUCAGUCCUCAGGUAGGACUAAUUCAAUUCGUAUGGGAGAGAUGACAGAUAUUGAAACUGCAUUCAUGGCUGGCGAUCCUGAGAGAGUGUGUAAUCCAGAACAACGUUGACAAGGAAUAUAAAAUUUGCAGGUGCAUAAUCAUUUUUGGUUAUGAGAAGAUGAUUAGCAGCAGUGCAUUUUGCAUUAACAUAGAGAGAUAUAGGAGAAGGAAAAGAUAUCAGAGGUUGAAACAUAAGAAAACUUGCAGGAGAUGGAAGAUCAAGGUGAAACUGAGAGUUCAGCCGAAAGUCUCUUCUGCUAUGAAGCUAUUGAAAGGAUGUAGAGAUUCUUAUGUUAGGAUGAUGCUUUGUUUUGCAGGACAUUUAGCUCAAUUCAACACUGGUAAUGUCUUCUUGUUUAAGAGGAUUCCAAAGCCUUCUUUUUCAUUCUAAUAUAAAAAUAUAAUAUAUAUAUAUAUAUAUGUGUGUGUAUUUUUUUCAAGACCAGUUUGUAACUUGAGGAGGCUCCUCCUCAUUAAUGGUUCAACUGAAUUAGUUUCUCUUU